GAAGCGGAUGCGGCUCUGGGAGCAGAGCCGCCCCAAGGAAGAAACAGUUUAAUAAAGGCAAUGAAGGCGGAUCCGCCACCUCCCGCUGGGCGCCGAGUUUCAGGGGUCCAGGCAUGGGAAUGUGGUGCGCAGCCUGAAGUACCCCAAACACCGUGUCCUUCGCAAUCUCGGCUCAUUUUCUCUAAGCAAUACAAGUUCACGGACGAGCUACCUAGCCAGCCCUCCUCUCCUGUCAUGGACCUCCCAGGCUGCUCCUGCUGCCUGGCGGCGGCGCUGCCGCUGUUGCUGCUGCUGCUGCCCGCCGGGUGCCCGGUGCGGGCUCAGAACGACACAGAGCCCAUCGUCCUGGAGGGGAAGUGCCUGGUGGUGUGCGACUCCAGCCCCUCGGCCGACGGCGCCAUCACCUCCUCCCUGGGGAUCUCGGUGCGUUCCGGCAGCGCCAAGGUGGCCUUCUCGGCCACCCGCAGCACCAACCACGAGCCCUCUGAGAUGAGCAACCGCACCAUGACCAUCUACUUCGACCAGGUAAGUUUAAUGCAAAACGGCUACCCAGUGAUUUCAGCUUUUGCAGGGGAUCAGGACGUCACCAGAGAAGCAGCCAGCAAUGGGGUCUUGCUCCACAUGGAAAGAGAAGACAAAGUGCAUCUCAAACUGGAAAGGGGUAACCUCAUGGGAGGGUGGAAAUAUUCAACCUUUUCUGGCUUCUUAGUCUUUCCACUAUAAAAGAAGGCCAAAUAGGCAGCAGAUCUGUGAGCCGGAGGAAGGAUUCAGUCGUUAAUGACACCCUGAUCUUGGCAGCACAUGACAAUAUUUCCAGUCACCCCGUCAGACUGUCAUGGUAGAAGAAUGAUAACCUCCUAAACUCCAACAUUUGCUUUGAAUAUUGACAAUUCCUCGGGAACCUGCGCCUCUAAUUAGUUUUAGACGACAGUGAUCUUUAGGAGAAAUGAAAUUAUCGACCUGAGCAAUUUGUACCUGUGAUUGUAAAGUCAAUUUCGGAUUUUAUUGCUGGGAUCAUUGACUUUCUUAUUAUUUUUUAAUUUUUCCCCUCUUUCAUUUUUUCCUCUUUUUUUUCUCUUGUCGUUGUCCCAGUGAGACAAAUAACUCGGACCACACAAUCGCUUUGUCAAAGGCUCAGUCCAGAGCCAGAAGAAUGAAGUGUUCAGCCCAAUGAGGUGUUCUUUCCAUACUUUAUUUCUCCGUGUUGUAUAGCCUUAAGGGAAAAAAAGAAAAAAACCCAAAAAAACAGAAAAAAAAAAAAAAAAGAAAAAAAAGGCUUCAGUUUCAGUCCUGUAUUUUUCUGGGGGAGGGGGAUUCUGGACAUUACUGUGUCAAGAAGUGCUUUAUCAAGUGAAGCAAAAUUUGCACGAUUGGAACCUUAUUUGUUUUGUGUUGUUCGUAUUUUUCAUCGACUUUCUUUUUCCUGAUUUUUGUCUGUGUGUGCUAAAAAUGUAUGCUAGAUUGAUCAAUAAGACAAAACGAAGCACAUAUAUACCCUGUAGCUCUAGGUGAAGCUAACCAGUGAACAAUUUUGUCUGCACUUUUCAGCUGAUCUUUAUAGACCUAUUUAGAGAAAGGAGCGAGAGAGCUACAUGAUCCUUCAAUUACAAUCUGGAGACCGGUAAAGGAACUGACAUUUCUGAAUUGUCCUGACAUUUCUAGAAGCAACAAUGGAGGCUUUGAAUAUCUUCUCUGACCAUACCCUAAAAUAUAUCCUUUCUUUGCAUUACUGAGUGUAUUUUGGGUGGUUUUAUCUGAUAUUUAUUUGAUGUAUUUGUCCACUAAUGCUUGAGUACACAUUGUGGGAGCAUGGAGAGAUAGCAGAGCAAACUCUUCCUCUUCCAAGUUAAAUAAAAUCAUCUCUACUUGACCUGUCCGUGGCAAGUAUCGGAGGAGCUGACGCUAGCAUCUUUGACAGCCUUUGGGAGAGGGGCCUCAGAGGAUCAGCAAACGCACCAGAAGCUGCAUGGGUGCCUUGCAUUUGUUAGCCGUGUGUGCUCUUCCCAGUACAAGUGGCCUCAGAGUUCUGGUGGUGGACCAAUGUCGGUAUUGGAGGUUAGGAAAACUUAAUACCCCAAUUCACAAGAGGUAAAAUAUCAGGCCAACGUCAGUUGCAUCAUUUUGCCUCACUCUUAAUAAACAGACCCUGUUUUUUCACUUUUUUUACGGAGGUUGGUGUAUUAUUGUGCUGAGGGAAACCUUGCUUGAGGACAUCCAGAAAGAAUGUUUAUAUUAUUUUAUAUUUAUUAAUUUUUAACUUCAUUUAUUUAAUUUUAAAUAAUUCAUCUUGCUAUUAAUCCUGCAAGGGUGGAUGUGUAUAAGAAUUUAUUUUUUGUCAAAUAUACUCCUCUGCCACAAAUAUAAUGCAAAAGCAUUUGCAGCAAAUCGGUGGUAGCUAUGUUGUAUUUCAAAAUUAUGGUGGACAUGGCAUUUUCAUUGUAAAUUUAUCAUUUAAGGGGCAAAGUCAAUUAAAGUCAUAUAUUCUUAAAAAAAAACAACCUUAUCUGUGUUGCUUAUGAUACCUCAGAUGACUAAACCGUAGGCCAAUAUAAUAUUUAAUAUUUUCAUGUAUUUUCAACAUUGAUGCUGUUUGUUUGCUUUGGUAUUUUACUUUGCUGGCUACUGAAUUAAUGGGCUUCAGGUUUGUUUUUAAUGGGUUAUAUUUUCUAGUUCUCCUUUUGCAUUGGCAUGACUGCAAUGUUUCUAUUUGCUAAAGUAUCACAGGACUACAUUUAAAUAGAUGAAAUAAAGCCUGAGUCAUCAGCGACCUUCUAUUAAAAUACAAAAAUACAAUUAAAAUGGUUGUCUUAAUGCUAGAUACUGUAAAACUACUUUUAAAUCUUAAGUUUUUGUGUUUAAAACUCGAUCAUGUCUCUCAAGAAAAUAUACACUGAGGUGGGUUCAAGGUCCCAGCUUUUCGGUUUCUAUUCCGUUUCCUUAGUCUUAUUUUGAAAUUCUGCCUACUGUAAUCACUUUCAGUUGUCCCAUUUAUCUCAGUUCGUUUGGUUUGAUAAGGCAGUGGUAUACUAUUUCUUGAUCUCUCCUUAGUUAAAUGAAGCCAAUGUCAAGAUUUUCCUUGAACAUAUUCUUGGAAAUCUCUUAAGCCACUUAAGCUGCAGAAUCUGAAUAACCUGCUUCAUAUGUUCAAAGUCAGUAAUUUUGACCAUGGUUAUUUUAUAAAGCUAAAUAUACAAUAGCGAAUCUUCUCUGAAUUUGAAGAGGGUCUCUAAUGUACUGCCUCUCUUCCUCUUCUACUGAUGUGCCCUUCAUGAUAAGCUGUAGUGUUAGGCGUGUUAUAAAAACAGUUAAAUGGAAUCCCUUUCUUUUUGUAAAAUCCUCCUAAAUCUAAUAAGUUCCCUUUA